AUGGCUAACAGCCGGAAAGAAUUCAGUACUCUAGGCAUCUUCCUUCUUGGCUUUCUCUAUGCAAGGGUGGCUGUCACUGUAGCGAGAAGCGUUCCACAGGACGAGCGUCGCUACACCAUUAACAACAAAAGAAGCAUCAGCACAGUCCUGAGCGAUCAAGGGGACUCGGUCGACUGUGUUGACCUCUAUAUGCAACCUGCUUUUACUCAUCCUUUGCUUCGAAACCACACUGUUCAGAUGCGACCCACUGUUUUUCCAGAAGAGACACCGCAGAAGACAACUGCAUUGGGGCAUGAGCACUACUCUCAGCAUGCGUUGCUGAAGAGUUGGUCGUGUCCAGAGGGAACGAUCCCUUUGGUUCUGUUAAAGACGGACUAUGAUGGUGCGUUCCAGGGAGGAAGCGGAGUUAUCAACAUCUGGAACCCCCACACCGAGCCCAAUGAGUUUAGCAGCAGCAAGGUGCUACUUAAGAGGGAUGAUGAAUUCAUUCACUGUGGUUGGAUGGUGUACCCAUCACUUUUCGGGGAUGAUCGAACCAGACUCUUUACCUAUUGGCAGGGUGCUAAUGGCAAGGGGUGCUACAACCUGGACUGCCCAGGAUUUGUGCAAGUUAGCCAUAAGGUCGCGCUCGGUGCAUUCUUCACAACCAUUUCUCAACGGGAUGGACCUGCUUACACGGCAAACUUUACAGUUUUCAAGGACCCAAAGGACGGCAACUGGUGGUUCGUCUACCAGGGCGAGAGCCUUGGCUACUGGCCGGGCAUUCUCUUCAGCCGACUGAGAGGCUCGGCCGGCACCGUGGAGUGGGGAGGGGAAGUCAUAAACGCCAAUCCGGCGGGGCCUCACACCACCACCCAGAUGGGAAGCGGCGCCUUCCCUGGGGAAGGCUUCAGGAGGGCCAGUGUUCUGUCCAACGCUGCAGUGGUCGAUUUAAAUUACAGGAAGUCGGACCCCAAGUACUACGGCUACCAGGUCGACAAGCCAAAGUGCUAUGACAUCCUCGACCAGCAUGACCGGCGAGGGAAGCCAUUGGAGUAUUAUUUCUUCUAUGGUGGCCCUGGCCUUAACCCCAACUGCAAAUGA